AUGGUUCAAGAUGCAAAAAAACCUGAACGUUCAUCCAUCGCAGAACGAAGAGUGCGACUCUCGUUCGUCAUCAGCAUUCUUGAUUUUGAAUACGCGGCAUCGCAAAAUAUUCCACCUGCUGCCUUUGCAUUUAUUAAGGCAGGCUCUGAAGACGAGCAAGCCGCCAAAUGGAACCGUGACUCCUGGAAGAUGCUUCGUUUCCUUCCUCGCGUACUUCGACCAAUCGACAAGAUUGACCUAUCACAGUCUAUUCUAGGAAUCGAAUUUUCUGCACCUUUUUUCAUUUGCCCAGCUGGAGGAGCCAAGCUCGCUCAUUCUGAGGCUGACUUGUGUCUUACUAGAGCUGCUGGUCGUCACCACAUCUUGCACUGGGUGUGUAAUAACAGCCACGUAUCUCAGCAAGCAAUGAGUGAGGCGCGAGCUCUUGAUCAGACUACAUUUUGGCAGAUUUAUGCAAGGUCAGAUCUUGAAAUUACGACUCAGGAAGUCAAACAGGCUGUCAGCCUAGGGUACAAGGGGUUUGCAUUGACUGUAGAUGCCGUCCGCGCUGGAAAGCGAGAGCGCGACUUAAGGGCAAGCAUUGCGAAGCGUGAACUGGAUGGUAUGUGUGUGAAUGAUGAUGAGGAGGAUGAGGGAUUUGCUGGUGAACCUUCGGUGGGACGACCAGAGAUGCAGCGCGGACUUGACUGGACUUCCGCUAUUGAAUGGCUGCGAAAGAUAACUGAUCUGCCCAUUGCUAUCAAGGGUAUACAGUGCUGGGAAGAUGCGGUUUUGUGCAUGGAGUAUGGCGCCCAUCCGUGGCUUUCAAAUCAUGGCGGUCGUCAGCUAGAUUCCGCUCCCACAGCAGUGGAAACCCUAAUCUCCAUGCGCCAGCACUGCCCCGAAGUUUUCGACAGGUGCGAGGUAAUUGUUGAUGGUGGUAUCACUCGAGGUUCUGAUAUUGUCAAAGCGAUUGCUCUCGGCGCUAAGGGCGUUGGGCUGGGCAGGCCGUUUCUCUAUUCCGUAGCCUUUGGCGAGGCGGGUGCAAGUAAGGCUAUACGCAUCUUGAAACACGAGGUGGAGACGACAAUGGCCUUGCUUGGGAUAACUUCACUUGAACAGCUAAACUCUUCCUAUGUUUGUGUCUCAAUUAUUCAUCUUGACUCUGAGAUAGAUUCAGGCUAA